AUGAACCCCCCGGAGGGGGCAGCGGAGGAAGGAGGAGCCGCCGACUCGGACGUGGACGCCUUUUUCCGGACAGGCUCUUUUCGGAAUGAUGGUUUGAAAGCUUCUGAUGUCCUUCCCAUCCUAAAGGAAAAAGUGGCCUUCGUGUCUGGGGGCCGUGAUAAGCGAGGUGGACCCAUCCUGACCUUCCCUGCUCGCAGCAAUCAUGACAGAAUAAGACAGGAAGACCUGCGGAAACUGGUGACCUAUCUGGCCAGCGUGCCAAGCGAGGACGUGUGCAAACGUGGCUUCACCGUCAUCAUCGACAUGCGGGGGUCCAAGUGGGACCUCAUCAAGCCCCUCCUCAAGACGCUGCAAGAAGCCUUUCCCGCUGAGAUCCAUGUGGCCCUCAUCAUCAAACCCGACAACUUCUGGCAGAAACAGAAGACCAACUUUGGCAGCUCCAAAUUCAUCUUUGAGACGAGCAUGGUGUCCGUGGAGGGCCUCACGAAGCUGGUGGACCCCUCCCAGCUGACGGAGGAGUUCGAUGGCUCCCUGGACUACAACCACGAGGAGUGGAUCGAGCUGCGGCUCUCCCUGGAGGAGUUCUUCAACAGCGCCGUGCACCUGCUCUCACGCCUUGAAGACCUGCAGGAGAUGCUGGCCCGGAAGGAGUUCCCCGUGGACGUGGAGGGCUCGAGGCGGCUAAUUGAUGAACACACACAGCUGAAGAAGAAGGUGCUGAAGGCGCCUGUGGAGGAGCUGGACCGGGAGGGGCAGCGACUGCUGCAGUGCAUCCGCUGCAGUGACGGCUUCUCAGGGCGCAACUGCAUCCCGGGCAGUGCCGACUUCCAGAGCUUGGUGCCCAAGAUCACCAGCCUCUUGGACAAGCUGCACUCCACCCGGCAGCACCUGCACCAGAUGUGGCAUGUGCGCAAGCUCAAGCUAGACCAGUGCUUCCAGCUGCGGCUCUUCGAGCAGGACGCUGAAAAGAUGUUUGACUGGAUAAGCCACAACAAGGAGUUAUUCCUCCAGAGCCAUACAGAGAUCGGAGUCAGCUACCAGCACGCCCUAGACCUCCAGACACAGCACAAUCACUUUGCCAUGAACUCCAUGAAUGCCUAUGUCAACAUCAACCGCAUCAUGUCUGUGGCUUCCCGCCUCUCAGAGGCUGGCCACUAUGCUUCACAGCAAAUCAAGCAGAUCUCCACGCAGCUAGACCAGGAGUGGAAGAGUUUCGCAGCUGCCCUGGAUGAACGCAGCACCAUCCUCGCCAUGUCUGCUGUGUUCCAUCAGAAGGCUGAGCAGUUCUUGUCGGGAGUGGAUGCCUGGUGCAAGAUGUGCAGUGAAGGUGGCCUGCCAUCUGAGAUGCAGGACCUGGAGCUGGCGAUCCACCACCACCAGUCUUUGUAUGAGCAGGUGACCCAGGCCUACACAGAGGUCAGCCAGGACGGCAAAGCUCUGCUGGAUGUGCUGCAGCGGCCCCUGAGUCCCGGGAACUCCGAGUCCCUCACGGCCACAGCCAACUACUCCAAGGCGGUGCACCAGGUGCUGGAUGUGGUGCACGAAGUGCUGCACCACCAGCGGCGGCUCGAGAGCAUCUGGCAGCACCGCAAGGUGCGGCUCCACCAGCGCCUGCAGCUCUGCGUCUUCCAGCAGGACGUCCAGCAGGUGUUAGAUUGGAUUGAAAACCACGGCGAGGCCUUUCUCAGCAAGCACACAGGGGUCGGGAAGUCUCUGCACCGAGCUCGGGCCCUGCAGAAGAGGCAUGAUGACUUCGAAGAGGUGGCUCAGAAUACAUACACCAAUGCGGACAAGCUCCUAGAAGCAGCAGAGCAGCUGGCUCAGACAGGGGAAUGUGACCCGGAGGAGAUCUACAAGGCAGCUAGACACCUGGAGGUGCGCAUCCAAGACUUCGUGCGCAGGGUGGAGCAGCGGAAGCUUCUGCUGGACAUGUCUGUCUCCUUCCAUACUCACACCAAAGAGCUAUGGACAUGGAUGGAAGACCUUCAGAAGGAGAUGCUGGAGGAUGUCUGUGCAGACUCUGUGGAUGCGGUCCAGGAACUGAUCAAGCAGUUCCAGCAGCAGCAGACCGCCACUCUGGAUGCCACACUUAAUGUCAUCAAGGAGGGCGAAGACCUUAUCCAGCAACUCAGGUCAGCGCCUCCCUCCCUGGGGGAGCCCAGCGAGGCCAGGGACUCGGCUGUGUCCAACAACAAGACGCCCCAUAGUAGCUCCAUCAGCCACAUAGAGUCGGUGCUGCAGCAGCUGGAUGACGCCCAGGUGCAAAUGGAGGAGCUGUUCCACGAGCGCAAGAUCAAGCUGGACAUCUUCCUACAGCUGCGCAUCUUUGAGCAGUACACCAUUGAGGUGACAGCAGAGCUCGACGCUUGGAAUGAGGAUUUGCUUCGGCAGAUGAAUGACUUCAACACGGAGGAUCUAACACUGGCAGAACAGCGGCUGCAGCGCCACACAGAGCGGAAGCUAGCCAUGAACAACAUGACCUUUGAGGUCAUCCAGCAGGGCCAGGAUCUGCACCAGUACAUCAUGGAGGUCCAGGCCUCAGGGAUUGAGUUAAUCUGUGAAAAAGACAUUGAUCUGGCAGCCCAGGUACAAGAGCUAUUAGAGUUUCUCCAUGAGAAACAGCAUGAGUUGGAGCUCAACGCAGAGCAGACCCACAAGCGACUUGAGCAGUGCCUCCAGCUGCGGCACCUCCAGGCCGAGGUCAAACAGGUCCUGGGAUGGAUCCGCAAUGGGGAGUCAAUGCUCAAUGCCAGCCUGGUCAAUGCCAGCUCUUUGUCUGAAGCAGAGCAGCUACAGCGGGAGCAUGAGCAGUUCCAACUAGCCAUCGAGUCCCUCUUUCAUGCCACUUCCUUGCAGAAGACACACCAGAGCGCCCUGCAGGUUCAGCAGAAAGCUGAGGCCCUGCUCCAGGCUGGUCACUAUGAUGCAGAUGCCAUCCGGGAAUGUGCUGAGAAGGUGGCCCUCCACUGGCAGCAACUCAUGCUCAAGAUGGAAGACCGACUGAAACUGGUCAAUGCCUCAGUGGCCUUUUAUAAAACUUCUGAGCAGGUCUGUAGUGUCCUGGAGAGCUUAGAGCAAGAAUACCGAAGAGAUGAAGACUGGUGUGGUGGACGAGAUAAAUUGGGGCCAGCAGCAGAGAUCGACCACGUCAUUCCACUCAUCAGUAAACAUUUGGAACAAAAGGAAGCCUUUCUUAAGGCCUGCACCCUGGCACGGCGGAAUGCUGAGGUCUUUCUCAAGUACAUCCAUAGGAACAACGUCAGCAUGCCCAGUGCUGCCAGCCACACCCGAGGACCCGAACAGCAAGUGAAAGCCAUCCUGAGUGAGCUCUUACAGAGGGAGAACCGUGUCCUGCACUUCUGGACAUUGAAGAAGCGGCGGUUAGACCAGUGUCAGCAAUACGUGGUGUUUGAGCGAAGCGCCAAGCAGGCACUAGACUGGAUCCAAGAAACAGGUGAAUAUUACCUCUCAACACAUACCUCCACCGGGGAGACCACAGAGGAGACUCAGGAACUGCUGAAAGAAUAUGGGGAGUUCAGGGUGCCUGCCAAGCAAACAAAGGAGAAGGUGAAGCUUCUGAUUCAGCUGGCUGAUAGCUUUGUGGAAAAAGGUCACAUUCAUGCCACAGAGAUCAGGAAAUGGGUGACCACAGUGGACAAGCAUUACAGAGACUUCUCCCUGAGGAUGGGAAAAUACCGGUACUCCCUGGAGAAAGCCCUAGGAGUCAACACAGAGGAUAACAAGGACCUGGAGCUGGACAUCAUCCCAGCAAGCCUUUCAGAUCGUGAGGUCAAGCUCCGGGAUGCCAACCACGAGGUCAAUGAAGAGAAGCGGAAAUCAGCCAGAAAAAAAGAAUUCAUUAUGGCAGAAUUGCUCCAGACAGAGAAGGCUUAUGUGAGAGACUUACACGAGUGCUUAGAGACCUACCUGUGGGAGAUGACCAGUGGUGUGGAGGAGAUCCCCCCUGGGAUCCUUAAUAAGGAGCACAUCAUCUUUGGCAACAUCCAGGAGAUCUACGAUUUUCAUAACAACAUCUUCCUCAAAGAACUGGAGAAGUAUGAGCAGCUGCCUGAGGAUGUGGGACACUGCUUUGUUACUUGGGCAGACAAAUUUCAGAUGUACGUCACCUACUGUAAAAACAAGCCUGAUUCCAACCAGCUGAUCCUGGAGCAUGCAGGCACCUUCUUUGAUGAGAUACAGCAGCGGCAUGGUCUGGCCAACUCCAUUUCUUCCUACCUAAUUAAGCCUGUCCAGAGGAUUACCAAGUACCAGCUGCUCCUGAAGGAACUUUUAACUUGCUGUGAAGAAGGAAAAGGGGAGCUCAAGGAAGGCCUGGAGGUGAUGCUUAGUGUCCCAAAGAGAGCCAACGACGCCAUGCACGUCAGCAUGCUGGAAGGGUUCGACGAGAACCUGGACGUGCAGGGGGAGCUGAUUUUACAAGAUGCCUUUCAAGUGUGGGACCCCAAGUCGCUGAUCCGGAAGGGGCGGGAGCGACACCUAUUCCUCUUUGAGAUCUCCUUGGUUUUCAGCAAGGAGAUCAAAGACUCUUCAGGACACACGAAAUAUGUUUACAAGAACAAGCUACUGACCUCAGAGCUGGGUGUGACCGAACACGUAGAGGGUGAUCCCUGCAAAUUCGCCUUGUGGUCUGGGCGCACCCCAUCCUCAGACAAUAAAACAGUGCUGAAAGCCUCCAACAUAGAAACCAAGCAGGAGUGGAUCAAGAACAUUCGAGAGGUGAUUCAAGAAAGGAUCAUUCACCUGAAAGGAGCUUUGAAGGAGCCAAUUCAGCUCCCCAAAACGCCAGCCAAACAGAGGAACAAUAGUAAGAGGGAUGGAGUGGAGGAUGUUGACAGCCAGGGGGACGGGAGCAGCCAGCCAGACACCAUCUCCAUUGCCUCGAGGACCUCCCAGAACACAGCGGACAGUGACAAGCUCUCUGGUGGCUGUGAGUUGACCGUGGUGCUCCAGGACUUCAACGCAGGCCACAGCAGCGAGCUGAGCAUCCAGGUGGGACAGACGGUGGAGCUGCUAGAGCGGCCGAGCGAGCGGCCAGGCUGGUGUCUGGUCCGAACCACGGAGCGGAGCCCCCCCCAGGAGGGCCUGGUCCCCAGCAGCGCCCUGUGCAUCUCCCACUCCCGAAGCAGCGUGGAGAUGGACUGCUUCUUCCCCCUGGUGAAAGAUGCGUACUCUCAUUCCUCAAGUGAAAACGGAGGCAAGUCCGAGUCGGUGGCCAACCUGCAGGCCCAACCAUCCCUGAACUCCAUCCACAGCUCCCCGGGGCCCAAGCGGUCCACCAACACCCUGAAGAAGUGGCUGACGAGUCCCGUGCGCCGGCUUAACAGUGGGAAAGCAGAUGGAAACAUCAAGAAGCAGAAGAAAGUACGAGACGGUCGGAAGAGCUUCGACCUGGGGUCUCCCAAGCCUGGGGAUGAGACGACCCCCCAGGGAGACAGCGCUGACGAGAAGAGCAAGAAAGGUUGGGGUGAAGAUGAGGCAGAUGAAGAGUCACACACACCCCUCCCCCCGCCUAUGAAGAUCUUUGACAACGACCCCACGCAGGACGAAAUGUCCUCCUCUUUGCUAGCAGCCCGGCAGGCUUCCACCGAAGUACCUACUGCUGCAGACCUUGUCAGUGCAAUAGAACAGUUGGUCAAAAGCAAGCUGAGUCUGGAAGGAGGCUCUUACCGAGGAAGCUUGAAAGACCCCACAGGCUGCCUGAAUGAAGGCAUGACCCCACCCACACCUCCCAGAAAUCUGGAAGAAGAACAGAAAGCCAAGGCUCUGAGAGGCAGGAUGUUUGUCCUGAAUGAGCUGGUGCAGACAGAGAAAGACUAUGUCAAGGACCUGGGGAUUGUGGUGGAGGGUUUCAUGAAGAGAAUAGAAGAAAAGGGUGUCCCCGAGGACAUGCGAGGAAAGGAUAAAAUCGUGUUUGGAAAUAUUCACCAGAUUUAUGACUGGCAUAAGGAUGUUUUCCUGGGUGAACUGGAAAAAUGUAUCCAGGAGCAAGACAGAUUGGCACAGCUCUUUAUUAAAUAUGAGCGGAAGCUGCACGUCUACGUGUGGUACUGCCAGAACAAGCCGCGCUCUGAGUACAUCGUCGCCGAGUACGAUGCCUACUUUGAGGAGGUGAAACAAGAGAUAAAUCAAAGGCUGACACUUAGCGACUUCCUUAUCAAGCCCAUUCAGAGAAUAACAAAAUAUCAACUGCUCCUCAAGGACUUCCUGAGAUACAGCGAGAAGGCUGGCUUGGAGUGUUCAGAUAUUGAGAAAGCAGUGGAGUUAAUGUGCCUUGUUCCAAAACGCUGCAAUGACAUGAUGAACCUGGGACGCCUACAGGGCUUUGAGGGGACCCUGACUGCUCAGGGCAAGCUGCUACAGCAGGACACAUUCUACGUGAUUGAGCUGGAUGCUGGCAUGCAGUCGCGGACCAAGGAGAGGCGUGUGUUCCUCUUUGAGCAAAUCGUCAUCUUCAGUGAACUGCUCAGGAAGGGAUCCCUCACCCCAGGCUACAUGUUCAAAAAGAGCAUCAAGAUGAACUACUUGGUCCUGGAGGAGAACGUGGACAGUGACCCCUGCAAGUUUGCGCUUCUGAACAGGGAGACUUCAGAGAGGGUCAUUCUGCAAGCCGCCAACGCUGACAUCCAGCAGGCCUGGGUGCAGGACAUCAACCAAGUCUUAGAAACACAGCGCGACUUCUUAAAUGCCCUCCAGUCGCCCAUUGAGUAUCAGCGGAAAGAAAGGAGCACAGCCGUGAUGAGGCCCCAGCCUGCUAGGGUUCCCCAAGCCAGCCCCAGGCCCUACUCCUCCAUCCCCGUGGGCUCCGAGAAGCCCCCAAAGGGCUCCAGCUAUAACCCGCCUCUGCCACCCCUGAAGAUAUCUACCUCCAAUGGCAGUCCAGGGUUUGACUACCACCAGGCCGGGGACAAGUUUGAGGCCAGCAAGAGUGACCUGGGAGGCUGCAAUGGGGCCUCAUCCAUGGCUGUGAUCAAAGAUUAUUAUGCACUGAAGGAGAAUGAAAUCUGUGUGAGCCAAGGUGAGGUGGUCCAGGUCCUCGCCGUCAACCAGCAGAACAUGUGCCUGGUGUACCAGCCCGCCAGCGACCACUCCCCCGCCGCUGAGGGCUGGGUCCCUGGCAGCAUCCUGGCGCCCCUCACCAAAGCCAUGGCAGCCACAGAAAAUAGUGACGGGAGCAUCAAGAAGUCAUGUUCAUGGCAUACUCUACGCAUGAGAAAGCGGGCAGAAGUGGAGAACACGGGUAAAAAUGAAGCCACAGGGCCUCGUAAACCCAAGGAUAUUCUGGGCAACAAAGUCUCUGUUAAAGAGACGAACAGUUCCGAGGAGUCAGAGUGUGAUGAUCUUGACCCUAACACUAGCAUGGAGAUCUUAAAUCCAAAUUUCAUCCAAGAAGUGGCGCCAGAAUUCCUCAUGCCCUUAGUAGAUGUGACCUGCUUGCUUGGGGACACAGUGACUCUGCAGUGCAAAGUCUGUGGGCGGCCAAAGCCCACCAUCACUUGGAAGGGUCCAGACCAGAACAUCCUUGACACUGACAACAGCUCAGCUACAUACACCGUCUCCUCCUGUGAUUCUGGGGAAAUCACCCUGAAAAUCUGCAAUCUGAUGCCCCAGGACAGCGGUAUCUAUACCUGCAUAGCCACAAACGACCACGGUACUGCGUCAACAUCUGCUACUGUUAAAGUGCAAGGUGUUCCAGCGGCCCCUAACCGCCCCAUUGCCCAAGAGAGAAGCUGCACUUCCGUGAUCCUCCGCUGGCUGCCCCCAUCCAGCACGGGAAACUGCACCAUUUCCGGUUACACCGUGGAGUACAGAGAGGAAGGUUCCCAGGCCUGGCAACAGUCAGUAGCAUCGACCUUGGACACCUACCUUGUCAUUGAAGACCUCAGUCCUGGGAGUCCUUAUCAGUUCAGAGUCAGUGCCAGUAACCCCUGGGGGAUCAGCCUUCCCAGCGAGCCCUCAGAAUUCGUGCGACUUCCAGAGUACGAUGCUGCUGCUGAUGGUGCCACCAUUUCUUGGAAGGAAAAUUUUGAUUCAGCUUAUACUGAGCUGAAUGAAAUUGGAAGAGGCCGGUUCUCCAUAGUAAAGAAGUGCAUUCACAAAGCUACUCGCAAAGAUGUCGCUGUGAAAUUUGUUAGCAAAAAAAUGAAGAAAAAGGAGCAGGCUGCCCACGAGGCUGCCCUGCUUCAGCACCUGCAGCACCCCCAGUACAUCACUCUCCAUGACACCUAUGAGUCCCCCACUUCCUACAUCCUCAUUUUGGAACUGAUGGACGAUGGCCGACUCUUGGACUACCUUAUGAAUCAUGAUGAGCUGAUGGAAGAAAAAGUAGCUUUCUACAUUCGAGACAUCAUGGAAGCCCUGCAGUACCUUCAUAACUGCAGAGUUGCACAUUUGGACAUAAAGCCUGAAAACCUGCUCAUUGACCUACGGAUUCCAGUGCCUCGAGUGAAGCUCAUUGACUUGGAGGACGCUGUCCAGAUCUCAGGUCACUUCCAUAUCCACCACCUGCUGGGGAACCCCGAGUUUGCUGCCCCAGAAGUGAUCCAGGGCAUCCCUGUAUCCCUGGGCACCGACAUCUGGAGCAUCGGGGUUUUGACAUACGUCAUGCUGAGUGGGGUCUCCCCCUUCUUGGAUGAGAGCAAGGAGGAGACGUGUAUCAAUGUGUGCAGGGUGGACUUCAGCUUCCCCCACGAGUACUUCUGCGGUGUGAGCAAUGCUGCCAGAGAUUUCAUCAAUGUGAUCCUACAGGAAGACUUUCGGAGGCGGCCCACGGCAGCCACCUGCCUGCAGCAUCCGUGGCUGCAGCCCCACAAUGGCAGCUACUCCAAGAUCCCCUUGGACACCUCCCGCUUGGCGUGCUUCAUCGAGCGCCGCAAGCAUCAGAAUGAUGUGCGCCCCAUUCCCAACGUCAAGAGCUACAUUGUCAAUCGGCUAAACCAAGGCACGUAG